AUGGGCGGUGCAGUCUCUCAAGGUCCUCAGACCAGAAGAAUGUCCACUCGCAUCGACGGGCCUGUGGACCAGGAAAACGCCGCCACUCCCUCCAAGCCUACUACGUCGCGCGCUUCAAGCCCUCAGUCUUCUCGUCGAGACCGAAAGUCGAGGCUCUCCGCCAACACAGGUGCAAAGGUCACCAAGCCAUCGCCAGCUUCAAAGGCCCAGCCCGCUCCUACCUCUACGGCUAGGCCGAAACCACAAGAGAAUGGAACAGCCGCCGUCGCCACACCCGCAAAGCAGCCAGAAACCGCGACCCCGGGUACUUCUACUAGAUCCCGCCGGCGUGAUCGCAAAUCAACCAGGGCCAAUGAAACCCCUGGCUCAAAGCAGGACGCAGGUACAGUGACAAAGGGCAAGAACACUGAACGAAAUCAGUCUCGCUCGCCCAACAAGAGAAGCAACACGGUCACACUGAACGUGGGCCGUAAACCAUUGGAAACCUUACUUGCUCAGCAAGCGGCCCCCAACGGUGAUACAAACAGCAUCGAAAGCUCUGCUAAUGUUGAGAGCGGAGACUAUCAUUUCGACUACGAUACCGAUAUGUACCGGAACAACUUCGGCCUCGACGGUCAUAUGGACGCUCCUACCUCGCCCACGAGCCUUUCCACCACUACUUCCAACGCAGCUCGUACAUCCGGACGCGCACGGAAGCCAACUAUCCGAGCACUGGAGUCGUUUGAGUCUGAGCGUCAGCACCGUCGUCCUCGCGCACCGUCCGUCAAGGCAGCUGCAGAACACACAGGGGCAAGCCCAGCGACCAACACCAAUGAGCGCCCAGCCCAGCAGUCGCCACAACGAAAGUCCACACCAUCACGCGUACCUAAUAUCAUGAUCUUUGCGAAGCAUAUCUAUGCACUAGCUGCGGAAGCGCUUGCCCCGGGCUUCGUCUCUGCGCCAGAGGUUGAUAUUUGGAUCAAAGAGUUGCAGCAGAAAGUGGACGAGCAGAAGAAAGAGAGGGAGAAGGAAAAGGAAGCGGAACCCAUACAGGAACCGGAAUUGAUCCACGAAACGGAGCCGCCACUGGACACCGAACCGCUACUGGACACCGAACCGCUACUGGACACCGAACCGUUACUGGACACGGAGCCGCUACCGGAAACGGAGCCGAUGCAGGAGCCGGAACAAGAACAGGAGCAAGCACAGGAAAACCAGCAGGAGCAGGGGCAGGAGCAGGAGCAGGAGCAGGAGCAGGAGCAGGGGCAGGAGCAGGAGCAGGAGCAGGGGCAGGAGCAGGAGCAGGGGAAGGGGAAGGGGAAGGGGAAAGAGGUGGCGACUCCGUCCGCUGAGGAAGAAGCGGAGAGUCGCCGAGAACGUACGCGACCCUCGAGCAAGCCAUAUUCAAAUCCUGUGCUAGCUUCGAAACCGUGGAUUGACGCCGACGGCUGGGAGCAUACAGGUCAGGUCAACGAGUACGGGGAAGAGUAUGUCAUCUUCCCGCCGACAUACGAGUGGUUCCGCCCCACCAACACCUACGGAGAUAGGCUGCUCCCUAUUCCCCCUCCGCGCGUGCGCUCUUUGGUCCAGGCUGAAAAGGACCGCGCCAUGGGCUAUCCUCCACGCUGCGGAGACCGCAAUCUCCCGGCCCGUUCAGACUUUUUCCUGCUUGAGAAUGUCCCAGAAGAGAGGUCCCGGAUCAAGAUCAAGGCGGAUGCUCGUUCGCGGGGCAUUUGGGUCCAUCGGUUCAUGUCCACUGAGGAGAUACAAACGAUGAUUGACAGAUAUGACAGCGGCAAACCACCCGUGCCGCUUGUCGUGCCUGAGGAGGAACCUGUGGAGGUCACAGAGACUUCUCGCAAGCGCAGACGUACCGAUGCUGCAUCGGAACCCAAUCAACCGUCCGAGUCCACAGAUACACCUAGGGCGAAGAGACAGCGCCAUGAAGCAGACGGCGCAACACCUACAGACCCCAAUGCAGCGGAAGCCGACGCAAAUGACGAUCCAAACAAACCGUCUCUCGUCGUCAUUCUCCGUUUCAAACAGAAGAGCCUGUUUCGCAAGCAUGUAACAGCUCUAGAAGUCAAGGCCGCCGAGCAGUCGAAGAAACGACCCCAUUCCGAAAUCGAGGACGAAACCACAACCACACAGUCACCCAAGACUCAGAGACAGAAGACCUCGAACGCAGCACCCUCCACCCCCGCCAAAACCACAGACGCGUCCAACGCCCAGGUCAUGCCCGACUCAGCGGACCAUACUCCAAACGGAACAGCGUCCGGCGGUCGACCACGUCGCGCCGCCGCCGGUCGGAUGAUGGAGGACUUGCAGCGCAACGCCGAACAGCGAGCCCUGCGCUCUGAGCGGGCGAAGCUGGGCCAUGCAAGGCGCAAGGGGACGCCUCUGAAGACGGUCACCGGCGUCCAUGGGGAAUCGGCGGAGACGCCAUCCCGGCCGGUUUCCAACCCCAUGAAUAUUGUCAACUUGACUAAUAAGCACUAA